AUGGCCCGCUUCAGAAUGCGUUCCAUCACCUUGCAUGCUAUAGAUUGGCGUGACAAUCGCUUUCUUCCAAGCAGAGUAAAGGUUGUUUUCGUCGAGCUACUGAUGAAACAUCAGUUAGAAAUGCUUCGCCAGCAUGAACGAUGUUUACUUCAGGAUCCUCGGAUGGACCUUGUCUGGCCCCAACACGCAGAACGGGUUUGUUUUUUGCACGAGUUGUCGAAUGUACUCCUCCGUGAAGACCAAGCGAAGUAUAUUGCUCAAUUGAUUAUAUCAGGUGCCCGUGUUCUUGGUCGAGCUUUCACUCAUGCCCUGAAAGAAGAAUAUGCAGCCAGCCAACAGGCUGCUAAUGCUCGUCGAAGUCAGUCAGCUUCUGGUGAUACUUCAAAUCAGAGGACAUUUGACCAGAUCACCGGUAUGUCCCUCGAUGAGGCCAAACAAAUCCUCAAUGUUAGGGACAUCCAUGACGCCGAGGCUCUUCGUAAAAACUAUGACCAUCUGUUCUCUGUGAAUGCAAAAGAGAAAGGAGGUUCUUUAUAUUUACAGUCCAAGACCACCGAAUUCGAGACACUCGUGGACUCAGGUGGUCCAUGUGGCUAUCAUUUACCUUUCGAGACCAUGAAUUACAGGUUGCCGUUCCCUAUAGGGCCGCCGUCAGCAACCGAAAUCCAACGUGAGAUAUCAAUCCUCAAGCAUGACAAGGUGCCUGGCGCGGGUCUGUACCCUGCACUUUCCAAAGGAGGUGGUGAAGUCCUGGUGAACAGUCUCGCAAACGUACUGCAGAAGAUUUGGGAAAAACGGGAUGCCAUCCGGAUGGAUCUCCUGGACGGUCAUCUCAGUCAUUAA